AUGGAACUUGAAAACAUUGUUGCGAACACAGUUUAUAUUAAAGCCAAAGAGAGUAUGGGAUGAAGUGCUGAUUCAAAUUUUUUCAGGUGGGACUAAUAAAGACAAAGGCCGGAGUAAAAAGUGGAGGGAAAUAUUGUCAUUCCCCCACAUUUCCAUUGCCAGACGUAUUUUAAGGACGAUCGGUUUGUCACGUUGUCGUUUUAAUGUUGUAGAGGUGUCUUAUGACUACAUAGUUCUUGGACAACCCAUUGGCAAGAAACAGUUUUGGCUGUUCUGCUCGUCCAAACCGGCUCUGAAUAACUUAGUGAACUUUUUCGAUGCUAUUGUAAUUGUAUUUUACCUUAUUAUUUUGUAUUAGGAGCGGUACGAAGUUUGUCCCAACGACGCUGGCAUUUCAAUCGCCAAAGAUAUUUUUGCUCUAUAUUUAUCCCCAGAGGUUUGCUCACAUUAUCUGGCUAUUUCCUGCAUCAUCAGUCGAAAUCCCGAAUUAAGCAAUUUUCAGAUGAAGAGUUGGCUACGGUUGAGAGUCGGAUAAAGCAGCUGACGCUAAACACACCGCCACCAAGAGACCUUUUUAAUAAUCUCCACAGGUUCGUUUCAUACCCGCCCAGCCUAAUUAUCUUCCAGUAUGGCGGAGCACUGGCUAAGAACUACCGUGUUUAUCGCGUUCACAAAAUCAAUAUACUUUCAGCGAUAUCUCCAAUGGAAAUGGCUGGAAAGGUUAGCAACUUUUGCCCGAGUUUAUGCUGUCUACAUUAAUGACGGGAUUUCUUGCUGUGCUCCAGUAUACAUCAGCACAUUUGCAAAUAGUUGUUUUAAGCCUAUUAAAUCCUGGAUGUCGGGCCUUUCGGCCUUGUUCUGUGUCGACCUUUUGCCUUUUUUCUUUUCAGACGACCAGUCACAAAGGAUACAUUUAGGAUGUAUAGAGUUCUCGGCAAAGGAGGCUUUGGUGAAGUUUGUGCAUGCCAAGUCCGUGCAACCGGUAAACUUUAUGCCUGCAAAAAACUUGAAAAGAAGCGAAUCAAGAAGAGGCGGGGUGAACAGUUAGCAUACGCCGAAAAGAAAAUUUUACAGAAGGUCAAUUCGCGUUUCGUUGUGAGUUGA